CCUGCCCGCCGUGCAGCCCCAUCCCGCCGCACAGAGCCUCUCCCAGCCCCUCUCCGCCUACAACAGCAACAGCUUGAGCCUCAACACCUUAAGGUAGGAGGAUGGAGACGUGGGUCUGGGUCUCUGCAGCCGUGCUGGGGUGGGACGCUGGGCUGAGCCUGGGUGGAGUGGAGGGGAAUUAACUAAAGGAGAUGAGUGGCAGCACCUCCCAUCCCAUCACUGGGAAGCAGAGGGGACUUAGUGCAUUUAACCUCAGCUCCUACCCUGAGAUGAGCCAGGAUCACUCUGUGUCUGACCUGGCGAUCCCAAAAACCCUGGGUAUUUUUAAAUUAGCUUUUACUUUUCCUGCCUGUCGUACUUGGGCUUUUGGAGGGGAUUUUACACAGUAUACAUGAGGGGAAGAAAAUUGCAGUUCCUGCAGGCUGGGCUGCUCUCUGAAGGGUAACUCUUUAACCCUGCCAUCCCUGUAAACAUCUGAUUCUCCAGGCACUGCUGUGCCCCAGAGCAGGGAGUGCGGUGCAGCUGCACACAGCCCAGCACCACCAGUCACACACCAGGGACUGCACAGCUUCGUGUUUCCUGCACUGCUGACACCUGGCAGUCUGCAGUGUUUUUCUCUCACCUGGCUCUCAUCAGCCUCACCUUUUGUUAUGCCCCUCUAAAGAUGAGCAGUGAGAUUAAACAACACGUUCACAGAAACCCGUGAUGUCUCUGGAGUCAGGACCCUCAGGUUUCCCCUGCUCUAAGCAAGGUUGUCAUUCCCCAAAUCUGAGGCAGAUGGUGACCUUCAAGACCUGGUGAACCAGCGCUAUGGUUGCUUCAUGUUUUGACUAUGGAGGUGUUUAAGACUUGGAUUUAUUUUUAACCAAGCUGGUAUUGCUUGCCUUUAAAAGUCACUGCAAUCAGAACAUGUCGUUACAUGAAAUAAAGACAAGUAGAAUUCAGCCCUACAUGAAUAUAUUUUAGAUACUCAUCAGUAGGAAAAGAAACCUGAGAAAUUGCAACCAGUGUAAUCACAAAUAGUUAUUUUGUUGACUCGUCUUAUCUCUUUAUAUUGUGGGGGUAGAGAGAGGCAUUAUCUAUACAAUAAGCACAUAUCUUUUGUUGCCUUCUCACCUUCGUUCCACAUUUCCUGCAGUCUUUCAUCUUACUAAUUCAUAGCAAAAAAAAAUUAAACUUUUACUAAUUCAGUGAUCACUGAUUUUGAGCUCCAUUUGCCUGAAAACAUGAAUCAGAAGCAGUCAUGUAGAAAGGACUGGAUAAUUAAGUAAUGAAUGCACAGGGCUGAUUACUCCUUUGUGUGUCAUCCCUGUGUUGUCGGGAGACAGAGUACCAACCUCCUACAGAGAGGGAGAAUAUGUGUCAAGUGCUGGUGUGGAGAGACCAAAAGAAGUAAAAGAUACCAGGGAAGGUCCAGCAGGUGGUGGGAGGAAGGAGUAUCACAGUGGUGGGACGGGGAAUAGUAACCUGCAUCUGUAAUCCUUGAGUUCCAUCCGUGCUGUGUUUGAUGUGAGCUGUGUGUGGGUUUGGGGGGGGGGGGUCUGUGUUCAGAGCUUUCCUCCCCUCCAUGCAAAGCCUAAUUGCUUUUCUUCUCGUUAACAGCAGCAGCAGCAGCAGCACUCCUGCCAAGACUCAGGCCCCUCCUCCCCACAUAUCCCACCACCCCUCGGCCUCCCCGUUCCCGCUGUCCCUGCCCAGCCACAGCCCCCUGCACACCUUCACACCCACCCUGCAGCCCCCAGCACCCCCCCCCCACCCCAAUAUGUUUGCCCCUCCCACGGCUCUGCCCCCUCCACCUCCACUGACGUCAGGGACACUGCAGGUUCCAGGACACCCCGCUGGUAGCACUUACUCAGAACAAGAUCUCCUCCGUCAGGAACUAAACACGCGGUUUUUGGCCUCGCAGAGCGCGGACCGCGGGGCCUCCCUGGGCCCCCCGCCCUACCUGAGGACCGAGUUCCACCAGCACCAGCACCAGCACCAGCACACACACCAACACACACACCAGCACACCUUCACGCCUUUCCCCCACGCCAUCCCACCCACUGCCAUCAUGCCGACGCCAGCACCGCCCAUGGUGCGUACCCCAGGCAGAAAUUUUGACAAAUACCCUACAAAAGUUGACCCAUUCUACCGUCACAGUCUGUUUCACUCCUAUCCUCCAGCUGUAUCAGGUAUUCCUCCCAUGAUUCCUCCAACUGGCCCCUUUGGAUCCCUACAAGGAGCUUUUCAACCCAAGACUUCCAAUCCUAUUGAUGUUGCAGCCAGACCCGGGACGGUCCCACAUACCCUUCUCCAGAAAGAUCCACGGUUGACAGAUCCAUUCAGGCCCAUGUUGAGGAAACCUGGGAAGUGGUGUGCCAUGCACGUCCACAUCGCCUGGCAGAUCUACCACCACCAACAGAAAGUCAAGAAACAGAUGCAGUCGGAUCCACACAAGCUGGACUUCGGCCUGAAACCAGAAUUUCUGAGCAGGCCACCAGGCCCCAGCCUUUUUGGAGCCAUCCACCACCCCCAUGACCUGGCCCGGCCCUCGACUCUCUUCUCCACAGCCAGUGGGGGGCAUCCAGCUGGCACCCCUUUUGGCCCACCACCUCACCACAGCAACUUCCUCAACCCAGCUGCUCACUUAGAGCCCUUCAACCGCCCGGCGUCCUUCAGCGGCCUCACCGCCGUGGGCAGCAACGCCUUCGGGGGGCUCGGGAACCCCACAGUCACACCCAACUCAGUGUUCGGCCACAAGGAUGGCCCCAGUAUGCAGAGCUUUAGCAACCCUCACGAGCCCUGGAACCGACUGCACCGAACUCCUCCUUCGUUCCCGACCCCUCCGCCCUGGCUGAAGCCAGGAGAGCUGGAGCGCAGUUCAUCUGCUGCAGCUCAUGACAGAGAUAGAGAUGUAGAUAAACGAGACUCAUCUGUUAGUAAAGAUGACAAAGAAAGGGAGAGCACUGAGAAAAGACACUCCAGCCAUCCUUCGCCAGCACCAAUCCAUCCAGUAAAUUCCCUCGGACAUAACCGCAGCUCAAACGAGCAGAUCAGGAGCCAUCUGAACCCCGAGGUCCGAGAGAAAGAGAAACCCAAAGAACGAGAGAGGGAUCACUCCGAAUCCCGGAAGGAAAUUAAUGUUGAAGAGCACAAGGUGAAGGACAACUAUAUUUCAGAGAAAGAAGGCCUGAGCCAUGAAAGCCGAGUGGUGGAAGAGUCUAAGCAGAUGCCCAGGGUUCCUUCCCCCUAUGCCAGGCCCCCCGUUGUGGAGAGCACCAGGCCCAACAGCACCUCAAACCGCGAGGCCGAGAGGAAGAACGAGCCGGCGUACGAGAAUCCCAAGAAAAGCAACGAAGUCAAAGUGAAGGAAGAGCGAAAGGAAGACCAUGAUGUUCAACCUGAGGGACCUCAGACUCAUCGGUCAUCUGAUCAGCCACCACCUAUAUCUACAUCCAACGUCCAUCCAAGUCCUCUAGUGUCUAUGCCCAUGACUGUAGGUGUAACUGGAAUACAUCACAUGAACAGCAUCAGUGGCCUGGAUAGGACUCGCAUGAUGACGCCUUUUAUGGGAAUUAGCCCAAUUCCUGGUGGAGAACGUUUCCCCUAUCCUUCUUUCCACUGGGACCCGAUGAGGGAUCCCUUGAGAGAUCCGUACAGAGAGCUGGAUAUUCAUCGGAGAGACCCCCUGGGCAGAGACUUUUUGCUAAGGAAUGACCCCCUUCACCGUCUUUCCACGCCAAGACUGUACGAAGCAGACAGGUCGUUCAGGGAUCGGGAGCCUCACGACUACAACCACCACCACCAUCACCACCACCCUCUGUCUGUCGACCCUCGGCGUGAGCACGAGCGGGGCACCCACCUGGACGAGCGGGAGCGGCUGCACAUGCUGCGGGAGGACUACGAGCACGCGCGCCUGCACUCGGUGCACCCGGCCGCCCUGGACGGGCACCUGCCCCACCCCAGCCUCAUCACCCCGGGACUCCCCAGCAUGCACUACCCCCGAGUCAGCCCCCCCACGGCACACCAGAACGGCAUCCUCAACAAAACUCCCCCCACAGCAGCUCUCAGUGCUCCCCCGCCUCUUAUUUCCACGCUGGGACCUCGGCCCGGGUCUCCCAGAAGGACUACUCCUCUGUCCACGGAGAUGAGGGAGAGGCCCCCCUCUCACCCCCUCAAGGACGUUGAAGCUCGAUAAGCAGAGUGAGACCGAAUAAAGAACACAGAAAGAAGGACAAAGACGUACAUGAACAUAAUAUAAAGACCUUCUUACUAGUCAUUGCUACAGACUGGGGAUGUGACCCACUGUACAAUAUGUAUAGACCCGAGUGCAAAGAUUUUGAAAUGGUUUUUUUUGUAUAUUAUAUGUUGAGAUUUUCCAGAUCUUUUAGCCAAGUCCAUACGUUUCUCGUGUCUCCUACUCUAUUUUAUUUCUAGUUUAAGAAUUUCAAUAUUUGAACUGAAGAACAAGACAUCAAUCUGAGUGAUUUGACUAGAAACAAGCCACCACCAAUGUCAACCCUACAAAGCUCUUUCAGACCAGAAAUGAAGUCAAUUGUAGAUAUUUAUGUAAAAAGAUCGCUUCAUGGGUUAAUGGUUCAUAUAUGCAAAAAGGGUAAGAUGAAAGCUUUACUUUGUACAAAUGUAAAUAGAUAAAAUUAAGUAACAUAAUACAUUAAUACUUCUUAAACUGUGCUAUUUGCAAACUUAAUAUUGAUCAACACAGUCUGCUUAUGCUGUGUUACAUAUAUUGUUAUAGACAGCUAAACCCCUUCAACUAUGCAAUGAAUUUAAGGCUUUUCACAAAAGCCUUUAUAACUCAAAGGAGCCUUUUCAACACACAACAUAAUUAAAGUCAUAUUUUCCCUGAACAAGCUCAUUUCUAAUAGGAGCCUAUUUCUCUUGCUUGUUUUGAUGAAGAAGCAGCCCACUAGAGGUGCAGUUUUCUGUCUGAAGCCCUGCAUGAGGCUGCUGAGGUCACUGGAGCUCGUGUGUCGCCUCCACGGCGGCAGGGUCAG